AUGCGUAUUCGUUUAUUGAGUAUCUCAGCUAGGAAAAGUGUCGUGAAGUUUCGAGUUUCGAUGACAACACUCGCCUUCCUGCUCAGUAUUGGUUGGAGCGUUUGUGCCGAAAACCCUCCGGUCAUGUAUUUGCACUUUAUUAGAAAUCUCGCCCAAACUGAACAGGUAGCUACUUGCGUCGGUCCAUUCCAUAUUUGGAAGCAGUUAAACACUGACUGUGGCUAUCGUUAUCGCAAUGUGACCCACUGCAUUGGUUGUUAUCCAUAUGGGUGCAGUCAACUUCAUAGAUCUACGAAUGUUACUAAAGAUCUCAACGUUGGAAAAGGCAGCAUUACUCUGGAGAAAGUUCUAGGAGCAAAUGAAACCUUGUACUUGGAUCUGGAAGUGUUUUCUUGUUCCGUUAUAGAUCGAUAUUACCUUCGAAAGUAUGCAAACGCCUGUAAUGCAAAUCCGAUUUGCCAAUACAUAAGGGAAAUAAAACCAUACGCAGCAAGUACAUACCGGAGUACUUGGCCGACUACACCAAUAGCUGGACCACCAAAUGUUUCUUAUUCACCACCGAAAGUUGAACUUCCUGGUCACGAAAACAAUUCAGCAAUAAACCUAAACGAAGGAAGCCUAAAUCAGGAGUACAACUACCUUAUUAUUUGGUUUUCUUUGGCAGCCGCCGCAGUUGUAUUUAUCCUAGUGGGUUGCGCAAUACUUUUCACCCAAAGAUCCAAGAUUAUGAAAUGUCUUGGAAGCAAAAACAAUCAAGAUAUAUUAGAUAAUGCAUUCUUCUACAGAGAUAUGUCGUUGUCAAGACGCCAGAAUCAAGUACCACCGCAAAACGACCUUUACGAAAACAUUAUCCCUGUUGUGUAUAAUAAGGAAACCAUUUACGCUGAAUUAGAUUUAGCUCCGAAUAAUGUGAACCAGGAGGGUGAGGCUGCGGGAAGAAGUUUUCCUGCCAGACAAUCACAUGGCAUUGUAAAUCAGGAAAAUUCUGUCAUUUACGCGGAACUACAAAAGUAUUGAAAUUUGACAAAUGCUGUUUGUUGCUGUGUGUGGUAUGCUUACAAAGACGACGCUUAUAAUUGUAUUUAAGUAGCUAUAGAAUGGCCUUAAGCACAAAUAG